AUGGCUCGGCUGUGUAGUGAUGCUAAUGUGGUAAAUGGUGAUGAUAAUGCCGGACUGAGACUCGGGCGGAGAGUAGACUACAGUCUACUCCGCGGUAGAGAAGGAGGAGGAGGAGGAGGCCCUGGCUGGCUCGGGUUCGGUGAGACGGCCACCCGCGAAUCAUGGGCCGUGGGACGAGCCGUCGAUGAGGUCCAAGACACUUUGGGCAUCCCAGUCACUGGCUGGCUGAUCAAGGCUAUGCAUGUUGCUGAGAUGUUAGGAGUCGAGUUGGUUGAAGGAGGCGUUCUAGCCGCUACGACGGACUCCUCGCCCCCGAGCCCUUCCGGCUUUGUCCCCUUUUCUUCAGGUUAA